AUGGCUACAAGAACACAAUUUGAAAAUUCAAAUGAAGUAGGAGUAUUUGCAAAAUUAACAAAUUCAUAUUGUUUAGUAGCAGUAGGAGGAUCAGAAAAUUUUUAUUCAGCAUUUGAAGCAGAAUUAGGUGAUGUUAUACCAAUUGUACAUACAACUAUAGCAGGUACUCGUAUAGUGGGGAGAAUGACAGCUGGGAAUAGAAGAGGAUUAUUAGUCCCAACACAAACAACAGAUCAAGAAUUAAUGCAUUUAAGAAAUUCAUUACCUGAUACUGUAAAAAUACAAAGAGUUGAAGAAAGAUUAUCAGCUUUAGGUAAUGUAAUAUGUUGUAAUGAUUAUGUUGCUUUAGUACAUCCAGAUAUAGAAAGAGAAACUGAAGAAUUAAUAGCAGAUGUAUUAGGAGUUGAAGUAUUUAGACAAACUAUUGCAGGUAAUGUAUUAGUUGGAUCAUAUUGUUCCUUAAGUAAUCAAGGUGGUUUAGUACAUCCACAAACUUCAAUACAGGAUCAAGAAGAAUUAAGUAGUUUAUUACAAGUUCCAUUAGUUGCAGGUACAGUAAAUAGAGGUUCAAGUGUUGUUGGUGCAGGUAUGGUUGUAAAUGAUUGGUUAAGUGUUGCAGGAUCAGAUACAACAGCACCAGAAUUAUCAGUUAUUGAAUCAAUAUUCAGAUUACAAGAUGCUCAACCAGAUGCUAUUGGUGGUAAUUUAAGAGAUACAUUAAUUGAAACAUAUUCAUAA